AAUUGUCAAUUGUCAAUAAUAUUAUUAUGUCGCAAUAUAGAUAGUACUUAGUUGUGGUUUUCACCUUAAUAUUGUUAAAUUAUUAUUUAUAAUGACGUUUUAUUAAGUUUCACUACUUACCAGUUUUAUUGUAAAUUUAUUUUCAUAUUAGAUCCAUAGAUCCAUGUUUAAAAAAGAAAGUUAUCCUACCUAUAAAAUGGGAACACAAAUUUUGCCAGGGAAAUUACAAAAGCCUUAUCAAUUACACAGAGCUAACAGUGGUGCAAUUCAAUUUCAGAUGAUUAAGAGAUUGAAUGAUGCAGAUGCAGAAUCUCUUAUAGUUCUUAUUUCUAAAGAGUGUCCACACAAUGAAGUAUACUCGAUUCAUUUUAAUUAUGUAUCUGGUACAAUAAAUUUAAAAAUAUCAGAAAUAGAGAAAGGCAUUAAUAUUCGAACAUCCAAGUUUUUCAUUCCAUUAAAAAGUCAAGAAUUUUGGUUGUCCUGGUAUAAUAAUGAACUAUGUAUGGGUUUUAAAUGUGAACCACCUUUUUUAGUACAUCUAGGAAAUUCAAAAGCAAAGAAUAUUGGAUUUAUAAAACUAGAAGUAUCAACGAGCAUAGAUUGGGUUAUAAAAUCUCCUCCAAUUGCAAUUAAACCCUUGCAAUAUAAACAUAUUGAUGGUGGAAAACUACAUUGGGCAAAAAUUUGCAACAACAAACUACCAUCUGAUGCUUUGAUUGGUGGAUACGAAAAUGAACCUAUAUAUAUAGCUCGGGCAAAACAUAAUGGGUCUUUAUGUCCUGGCAAGUACAUACCAUCACAUCAAUGCGCUUAUAUUCCUUGGGGGUUUCAAGAAUAUAAAAAACUUGACUUUGAGAUUCUUUGUGGCUAUAAUGCAAUAUGGAUGAAAUGUAAAGAACAUUAUGUACCGGAAACCGUUUUUAUAGCCGGAAACUCUGAAGUUAACGGUGAACAUCUGUAUAUAGGUAGAGCAAUGAUCGAUACAGAUCUUGUUGUCGGCAAGGUGCACAUGCUGUAUAAAACUUGCUAUCUUCCAUACAAAGGUUCUGAAGUUGAAAGACAGACAUAUGAAAUACUAGUAAAUGGUGACAAAAAUGAACGUGGAAUUACAGGCAUUAUUAAAUGUCAAAUGAAUCCUAUGAAAGCUAUACAACCAUGUAUUUAAGUAAAAAAUGUGAUACUAUCUUAUAAGUAAAGAAUUACUCUCUA